UUCAGUUUAAAAAAAUAAAUAAAAACUGUGGCCGCAGAGUAAGCAUGUGAUGGUUGUCUUGGGACCUAAUCAAAAUUCUCUCACGGGUCGCUGUUGCAUUUCCAAUUUUUUUGGAGCAGAAAAACAAGUCCACGCUUCCAAGAGACCAAGACUCUGUUGGAAAAAUCAGCAAUGAUUCAAGAAGAAGAAAAUGAUCCUCUGUUAAUCUCCCAUCGUCCACAGAAGCAACAAGAUGAAUCAGAGACUGAGAGGCUCAUCAUUCGAACAUGGUUGGAAUCAAAGAAAAUCUGGCAAAUAGCCGGACCCUCCAUUUUCAGCCGUCUUGCCAUGUUUUUCGUCACCGUCAUCGUUCAAUCUUUUGCCGGCCACCUCUCCGACCUCGAUCUCGCCGCCAUAUCCAUCGGCACUACCGUCAUCAUCUCCCUUACUUUCGGAUUCUUGUUAGGCAUGGCGAGUGUGCUGGAGACUCUGUGUGGCCAAGCUUACGGAGCCAAACAGUACCACAUGCUCGGCAUUUACAUGCAAAGAUCUUGGAUUGUUCUGUUUUUUUGCGCCGUAUUGCUAUUGCCAUUGUUCAUAUUUGCUACACCAAUAUUGAAAUUCAUUGGACAGCCUGACGAAGUGGCCGAGAGGACUGGUUUAGUGGCUCUAUGGUUGAUUCCAUUUCACUUGAGCUUCCCAUUUCAGUUCUCGUUGCAGAGGUUCUUGCAAAGCCAGCUACAGACAGGGGUUAUAGCUUGGAUGUCUGCUCUGGUUCUUGGGCUCCAUGCUUUUGUGAGUUGGGUCGUUGUGUAUAAGAUGAGGGCUGGAAUUGUAGGGAGUGCACUCACUAUAGCUUUCGCUUGGUGGGUCUCGGCUUUGGGAAUGUUUGGGUACACUGUUUGUGGUGGGUGUCAUCAAACCUGGACUGGUUUUUCCACACAAGCUUUUGUUGGCCUUUGGGAGUUUUUCAAGCUCUCAGUAGCUUCUGGAGUCAUGCUUGCGUUAGAGAAUAUUUAUUAUAGAAUGUUGGUCUUAUUGUCUGGGUAUUUGCAAAACACUAAAAGUUCAAUUGAUGCCCUCUCCAUCUGCAUAACUAUCUACGGUUGGGAAUCCAUGAUUCCCCUUGGAUUUUUGGCUGCAACAGGGGUACGUGUAGCCAAUGAGCUUGGAGCAGGCAAUGCUAAAGGUGCCAAAUUUUCAAUCACAGUCUCAGUCUUUACUUCUCUAGCAGUUGGAUUUCUAUUUUGGUUAAUAGUUAUGGUCUUUCAUGAGAAGCUCGCUAUGAUAUUCACCUCCAGCAUUCCUGUUAUAUCAAUGGUAAAUGAAUUAGCAGUCAUGCUGGCAUUUACCAUCCUCUCCAGUUGCAUUCAACCAGUUCUUUUAGGUGUUGCAGUAGGAUCUGGUUGGCAAGUGAUAGCGGCUUUUGUAAACAUUGGUAGCUAUUACCUUGUUGGUGUUCCUUUGGGGUUACUUCUGGGAUGGUUGCUAUCAUUUGGUGUAAAGGGCACGUGGACUGGACUUCUCAGUGGCACUAUUGUUCAAACUUUAAUAUUAGCAGCAAUCACUCUAAGAUGCGAAUGGGACAAAGAGGUGCAAAAAGCUCGGAUAAAUAUAACCAGGGAGAUGGCUUCAAACCAGUAAUAGUAAGCUCAAGAAGUGCUUAAUUUGGGCUGCUUGAGAGAGUUUUGCGGUCGAAAUGUUAUAGAGUUGAUUUCAUGAUAAACAAAUGAGAAAAGAACAGAUUCAAAGCGAUUAAUUACAAAUUGACAAUUUGUUACUGGUUUUAGCCUGGAGUUUGUAUUAAAGUUGGAUAAGAAACAACUUUGGUUUUUUUACUAAUUGUUUUUAGCAUGUGUUUUAUUGAUUUUGUGACUCCUUACAAUAAUUGGGAUCAUGAAAACGGUGUCAAAUUCUAGAACGCUCAGAUAAGCCUUCUAGAAUCUGCAAUACGCACGAUUUUAUUUUUUUAUUUUAUUUAAUCAACCGUUAAUAUGUAGCAAAUAUAAGUCGACGUGAAACAUGUGGAAUGGAGAAUGGGAGUUAGGGAUGAAAUUAUGUACUCUGUACAGUAUUAUUAUUAUUUUUUGGUACGGUUUUAAUUGUUUAUGAGCAA